UGCGCGUAACCUUUACCGGAACUAUCACGUCAAUUCCAUUCGCAAAUCGGGCACUACGGUCGCGUCGCUACAUCUCGAGUUUUUCAAAUACGGCACCGACAAAAAGCGCAACCCAAGCCACCAACCGCGACCAUGUCCGACGCGGGCCACGACCCUACGCUCUCCGACGACGAAGUCAAUGGACAGGCAGCGCCUGCUGAGAAUGCCGACGAGGGCACUCCGCUGAACACUGUCGAAGAAAACGGUCUCGAGGAUGAUGAAGACGACCUGUUUGGUGACGGCGACGACGGCGACGCAGCUGAAGACGCGCCAGCCUCGCCCCGAAAACUCGACGAUGCAGAGCUCGAUUCAGGCGAUGAUGAGGGACGGACAGAUCGCGUCAGGGCACCAGAGGCCGUAGAGGAGGUCGAGCAACAGACAUUCGCAUACAUGGACGCGGACCUGGCGCGGCAUCCCGUUCCUGAACCCACAGACAACGAGCUCUACCUUCUCAAAGUCCCACGCUUCCUGUCCUUCGAGGACAAGGCAUUCGAUCACAAGACCUUCCAGCCACCCUCCACAGACCAUCACUCCAAGGUCGCCGCGUCCGAACACUUCUCAGCAUACGACACCGCCAUGACCACAGUCCGAUGGCGACGCUCACCCUCAAACAACGCUCUUCUACAGUCCAACGCUCGCAUUCUUAGAUGGUCGGACGGUUCCCUGACCCUCCAGCUUGCGACCGACCCGACGGUCCAGUACGACAUCGACGCGAAUACCCUUGCUCCACCACAAGUGAACCCUAAAAUCCCCACCCCAACGGCUGUCAGAGACGAGAAGAAUGGUAAGACAAGCUCGAAGAAGGAGAGCUACACAUACCUUGUUGCGCCGUACGAGGAAGCGAACGUCAUGCGCGUCACGAACAAGCUUACAGCAUCUCUCAACGUCGUCCCUACAUCAAACACGAAAGACGCCGCGCUGGAGAAACUGCAAAACGAUCUUGCCAAGGUUGCAGCAAAGGGCCGAGACGAUGCCGACCAAGCCAUAUCCUUCAUCGACGUAAACGAAGACCCCGAGCUCCGUCGACAACGUGAAGAAGCCACAUUCAAGGAGAAGCAGAGACAACUGCGCGCUCGCGAAAAGCAUGAGGAGCGCCAGAGAGAACGCGCGAACCGUACUAUGGGUCGCAGCGGCGGUCGUGCGGCAGGAGGAGGCCUCGAUAUCGAUGGACUGGAAGACCGCGCAACUCGUAAACAAGGCAAGAAGAGAGGCGGUUUACAGUACGACCUGAGUGACGAUGAAGAUCUUGGUGGUCUAAGGAGGAACAGAGAGGACAGCUACGAAUCAGAGGACGGCUUUGUCGUUAACAGUGACGAGGAACCAGAGAUUGUCAGUGACGAUGAUGAUCCAGAUGAAGGCAUGGCCCCGAGUCCAAAGCGUGCACGGGGUGGUGUUGCGGCAGACGAUGAUGACGACGAUGAGGUUGUCGUUAGCCGGACGAAGCGGAGACGUGUCGUUGACGACGACGAUGAUGAUGAGUAAGCUCUUCAAAGAGGUUUUCGUUUGCGUAAAAAGCGUUCCUAUAUUCUCAGCUGUUAAAACGAGAGCUCGGAUCUAGCAACAAAUGCUAGAGGAGUGGAACAUGGCAGAUAUCUUGACGGCACGGUCUGUGCGAUGUACAUUUCAGGAUCCCUUGGAAAUCCGUAUACUUUGAAUAUGGGUCAUCAGCAUAGCCAGGAGUUUGGACGCAUCUAUGCAUUACACCUAUUAGUUAUACUAUUGAUACAUUACACGGAGC